AUAUAAUACUCUUUCCCGUGAACUGAUUGUACUUUGUUUCCUGGAGGUAGCACAGUGAAAGCACUGAAUUAAUUCUGCACAAAUUAGUGAAGAUAUGGAGACAAUAUACAGCUUGCUCGGCUUGGAGUGGCUAGAUGGCAGGAGCAUUUUAAUAUUUUUGUGUGUGUUUCUCCUGCUGACUGAUUUUCUGAAGAACAGAGCGCCGAAAAACUUUCCUCCCGGACCGUGGGCUCUUCCUUUCAUUGGUGAUCUUUAUCGCAUCCAACCCAGCAGACUUCACCUGCAGUUCACAGAGUUAGCAGAGAAGUAUGGAAACAUUUUCAGCCUCCGACUCUUUGGUGGAAGAAUUGUGAUCAUUAAUGGCUACAAGUCCGUGAAAGAGGCGUUGGUCCAAAAAGGAGAAGACUUCGUGGAUCGUCCCGUCAUACCAAUAUUUGAACUAGUGGGGAACAGAGGUCUUGUGAUGUCAAACGGUUAUCCAUGGAAGCAGCAGAGGAGAUUUGCUCUUCAUACACUCAGAAACUUUGGUCUGGGCAAGAGGACCCUGGAGUUAUCCAUCCAGCAGGAGUGCCAGUAUCUCACAGAGGCUUUUGCAGAUAAGCAAGGAAAGCCCUUUAAUACCCAGUCACUGAUAAACAACGCUGUGUCAAACAUCAUCUGCUGUUUGGUGUUUGGGAGUCGGUUUGAGUACACUGACAAGCAGUUUCAGUCUAUCCUCCAGAAAUUCAGCAACAUUGUGCAUUUACAGGGAGGUUUGUCAGCACAGAUGUACAACACAAUGCCCUGGCUGAUGAAGUGGAUCCCUGGACCACAUAAGACACUAUUAGCUCUAGUACAGGAGUUAAUUGAGUUUGUAGAAGUCAAGAUCAAAGAACACAGAGAAAACAUUGACCCUUCAUCACCAAGAGACUACAUUGAUGCCUUCCUUAUAGAAAUGGGAGAGAAGGAGGACAAAGAAUCGGGUUUUGAUCUACAAAAUUUGUGUUAUUGUGCUCUGGACCUGUUCGGUGCUGGAACUGAAACUACUACCACUACUUUACACUGGGGGCUGCUUUACAUGAUCUACUACCCUGACAUACAAGAGAGAGUCCAGGCUGAGAUAGAUGCUGUGAUUGGUUCAUCCAGACAGCCCUCCAUGAGUGACAGAGAAAACAUGCCCUAUACUGAUGCUGUUAUUCAUGAGAUCCAGAGAAUGGCCGACAUCAUCCCCAUCAAUCUGGCUCACAUGACAAGCAAGGACACCACACUGGAUAAGUACACAAUCCCAAAGGGUACCAUGAUCAUAACUUUACUGCACUCGGUCUUGUCUGAUGAAUCGAUGUGGGAAACUCCACAUUCCUUCAACCCUCAACAAUUUCUGGACCAGGAUGGUAAAUUUAUGAAGAGAGAGGCCUUUAUGCCUUUUGCUGCAGGCAAGCGUGUGUGUCUCGGGGAACAGCUGGCCAGGAUGGAGUUAUUCCUGUUCUUCACCUCCCUCCUUCAGAGGUUUUCAUUCUCUGCACCUGCAGGAGAGCAGCCCAGUCUGGAGUUCAAGUUGGGAGUAUCUCGAUCCCCCAAACCUUAUCGUCUCUGCGCUGUACCGCGAUAAAGCAGAAAGUAGCAUGAUAAAUCAGUGUGUUUCACUGCAUGUAUUUUGCAAUGCAAAUUAGCUACAUUAUUUUUAUCCUAUAGCAUGAGCAAAACAUAAUUUGGAAGUAUUAUAUUUAUGACAUUCAAAUAUGAAAAAAUAAAUAAAGCAAAGUACUUAAAGGAAAUCUGUGCUUUUCCUCUGCACAACUUGAGGUGUGUAAAUAAAUUUCAUGCUUCUCAUUCGCACCGCUAUUUUCUAAAUUUCACGCUGUGGUUUUAGUCUGAGGUUUUGGAAAGUGAGAAAAACACUCAAAAUAGAGAGUUCAGCUGAGUUUCUCUCUGUUGUUGCUUUCUGUUUAUUAAAAUUAUUGUAGUUUGAAAGAAAAAAACUGGAUAAUUCAGCAAAGUUCUGUGGAGCACAAAGUUUGUGUGAAGGAAAAUGUCAAU